AUGAGCGGUAGAGGACGUGGUGGCGGUGGAUCAUCUAAUACGAUGCGGAGUGUGGCUAAUGCGUUGGGAAUUGCUCGAUACGAUAUGGCCAAGAUGAUGUCACAGCAAAAGAUUGAACCGCCAGCUUUAUACCCAAAAGUUCAACGUAAUCCGGUGCCUCUAGAAAUGACGACUGAUAUGCUUUAUGUAUCUCGACUAAAAGUUGAGCUUGAUCAACGUAUGCGUGAUUCACAGUUUUUCAUCGAAGCAGAGAAAGAAGACGAAAUCAAGCGUUACCUGGACAAGUAUUCGAUUAUCAAAAGAGAGAAGCUCGACAUUGAUAUAUCCCAGAUGCCGUCUGAACUUGUCUGGCGGCGCUCUAGCAGAAAGUCAUCGAAAGAGUCGAGAGCAAAGAAAAGAAAGCUUGCGACUGAUGACUCGAUAAUUGCAGAAAAACUUAACAAGUUAGAAGAGAAAGAAGGAAAAAACAAAGAAGAAGACGACGAAGAUAAGGGAGAAGAUGAUAAUGAAUCGGGAAGUGAGAAGUCUGCAGCUGAAGAAGAAGAAAACCCUUUAUCAGACGACGAUAACCAGGAAGAAGACAACGAUUACAUUUCCAACUACUUCGACAAUGGAGAAGGUUAUGGCGACGGUGGGAGUGACGAUAAUAUGGACGGCGACGAAUACUGA